ACGUCGCACGGAAUGCUGGGAAACAAACAGUGGCAUGAAUAACGCUUGGCGUAAACAUCCCUUAACCUAUGUGUGCGAGAGCUCGUAAACAACCCGUCGGACAAACGCAGCGACCGUCUUUCCGCAGCUUUCACAACCGUGGUCACCUGGCGGAGCAAUGUUACAUGUUGCGCUGCAUGAGCGGCAGGACUUUGGACCGGAGCCUGGAUGGGAGUGCUGCGGUGAUCGGGAAAGUUGAGCGUGUGUGUGAUUUAUCCGUCAGACGCGAUGACAGGAGCGGUCUGAGGGGGGUUUUAUUCCUCUGAUGUUGGGGAGGAGAGCAUGGCGUUCAUAAGCGAACGGCAGCUGACACGGUUGCAUCUCAAGUCCUUGAAGUGGUGCGACUCCACAGCAGCGUUUCCGAGAUAAAUCACUAGGUUAUAAAUCACUGGACUGCUAGUCUUCGCUAUCCAGGGAAAUUGUUGCUGAUCGCUUGGCCAGAGGAGCCCAACGUGUAAAUUCAAGGGUCAACAUUUUGGACCGGACGUCCAGUCGAUCAAUCCAGUGCAGACGGGACGAAUAUGUGGAGCUCGGAAUCAGUGCAGGGUGUGCUGAAAGCCCUGAAGCACGCCGCGGGGAAAGGACACCUCCAGCUGAGCCGCUGGCUGCAGCGGACCCCGGACUCACUGGACUGCGACAAGAUCGACAUCUUGAUCUGUAACGUCUUUGACGAGAGAGGGAACGGCGGGAAACCGGAGGCGGACCCCGCGGGUCCGACCGAGACCGGCGUGUCCUUCACUCCCGAAUUCAGGCAUCCGUGCUGCAUCACCACCUGUUGCUUUAAAAGCGCCCUGCUGGCGUGUAUCCUGACCGCCGUGUGCUUCUCCUCGGUGGCUCUCGUGCGCCAGUACCUGAAGGACGUGUUGCUGUGGGUGGAGAGUUUGGACAGUUUUGUGGGAGCCAUGCUGUUCAUAGUGGGCUUGAUCACGGUGUCGUUCCCCUGCGGCUGGGGCUAUAUCGUGCUGAACGUGGCCGCGGGGUAUUUAUAUGGGUUUGUGUUGGGCAUGGGACUGGUGAUGGUUGGGGUCUUGAUCGGGACUUUCAUCGCUCAUGUGGUGUGUAAGCGACUGCUGACGAACUGGGUUCUGGGUAAGAUCGGCAGCAGUGAACAGCUGAGUGCUGUUAUUCGGGUGGUGGAGGGUGGAAGUGGACUCAAAAUCGUGGCCUUAGCGAGACUCACGCCGAUUCCUUUCGGCCUCCAGAACGCGGUCUUCUCGAUCACAGACGUCUCCUUGCCAAAUUAUUUAGUGGCUUCCUCAGUGGGACUUCUCCCAACACAACUCCUUAACUCAUAUCUGGGCACCACCCUGCGCACAAUGGAGGACGUGAUCGCAGAACAGAGCGUCAGUGGAUACUUUGUGUUCGGUCUACAGAUCUUCAUCAGCAUAGGCCUGAUGUUUUACGUUGUACAUCGAGCACAAGUGGAACUGAACGCUGCCAUUGCAGCCUGCCAGUUGGAGCUGAAGACCUCGUACAUGAAUGGUGGAACGACCAACCACUGCGGCUCGAGCUACUGCAGCAAACGGGCUGCGGCGGGAGGGGGGAUCAACGUGGUCUGAUCAGCGUCUUUGUUGUUGAUGAACAUAUUUCAACCAUACAUCCAGUUGGGCUGUCCUGACUGGACGGAUGGAGAUCUGUCUCGGCUGAGUCAGGCAGUCUUGGGAGCUGCUACAGUCCCAGCCAGCUGUUCUAGUUAUGAUGGAGGUCUGAUGUGGAGCGGCACUAGACUGUCAAAGAGCCCGUCAUCAGACCUUGAUGGAAAUAUUGCCCAAAGAUUGGGACACUGGGCCAGUAUUAUAUGAGAAGUUUGAGAUUGACUUGAGAUUUUAGUUUUUGUGGUACAUUUUCGUUAAAAAAUUUUUAUGAUACUAAUAUAAAAUUAUAUAACUUUUAUAGGAGGUCUAAAGCAUGAAAUAGGUAAAUUAAUUAAAGUGAAUGUUAUAGAAUUGUAGUUAUUAAAGAGGGCCCAACUAAUAUAUCAGGUUAAUAUGCUUAAGAU